AUGUCACAAGUGCCUCCAAGACCUGAUGGACACCAAUCCCCCAUCAUGCCUACUUCCAACAAGAAGGCCAAAAGCACAGCACCCCCAUUGCCAGAUGCAAUGCCACCACCUAGUGCUACACCGCUGAAGAAGGCCAAGACCGAAGCACUUCACAGUGACAAAGCAUGUGCAGUGAAGGGAGGGGUUGUAGGCAGACCUCCUGCAACCCCGCAGGCAAAAGCACCAGCUAGCCUGACCUCCCAGCUCCCGAUGCCUCCACCGCUGAAGACACGUGAUCUUCCUCGGCCACCAACGCCAGCAGCACCCCCUGCAAAACCUUUGGGGGUUCCCCAUCAACCAGCCUAUGUGAAUGCCCAUUGUGGUGUCCCCAAAGCUGUUGGUGUUAAGAUGGAAAUGAAGCCAUCACAAAAUGUAGCAGCAGCCUUGAGAAGAUCGAUGCCUCGCCCGACCACAAAGGUGGAACUCAGUGAGCCAACGGUCCCUGCUGUGCCCAAGACCCCAGCCGCACCACCAAUCAGCAAACCUGCACCCAUCAGCAAAGCUCCCCACCCACCUGCACCAACUACCACAACCACUAGCCCACCUCCACCUCCAGCCAAAGCCUCCGCACCACAGAGCAAAGCAAAUGCAGUGCCCCCCGCCCCUGGCGCUCCUCAAGGGAUGGCCAGUUCGCUAAGCACUGACGGCACUCCUCCGACAGGUGCCAAAGUUUCCAUGCCUGUCCCACCAAAGACUACCAAUGCACAAAAGACUCCAGAGACAGAAGCUGAACGGGAAGAACGCCUUCGAAACUGGGUGGCCAAGAUGGAUGAAGUAGAGAUGAAGCAGAGGAUUGAGAAGAUCAAGCAUGACCCCUUGUUUCCACAGUACCAACAGUGGCUGAGGACGGAGAUCUUCGACCUUCCCCCUGAGGAGCAAAUCCCUGAGUUUGGGGAACAUGAUGAAGAUGAGGAGCUAGUCUCUUUCUUACUGUGGUUAGAGAGACCCUCCUCGAAGCCUAGUCUGGAGAAUUCCAUGCCUGACCCCAACCCUGCAGAGACAGCAGCAGUCGCAGUUGCAGAGCCCAAAGCAGUGGCACCUGGUCCAGUGACACCCGGCCCUGAGACACAUGAGCCACAGUCCAAGAAAGUGACCUUCUCACCUGAAGUCAUGGUGCACAAGAGCCCGGCAGUGGACAACCUUGCUGUGAACACCGCCUCCACAGCAGCCCCAGCAGCGCCCACGGCACCAGCACUGUGCCCUGCCAGUUCUGCAGUGACCACCAUCCCUCUUGCAGCGGAGCAUUCUCCCCCUGCCUCAAUCUUGAAAGCACCAGAAGCAAAGGCAGCACCACCAGCACCCGUGUCAACAGCAGCACCACGAGCGCCAACACCACCUGCAAGCACACCCACUUCACCAGCAUCAACUGGCAGCAAUUCACCUUCAGCAACCACAGCAUCGACUGCAGCAGCAACACCGCCAGCCUCUACUACCACUCAUUCCACUGCUUUGGCUGGUGUGGAAGUGACGUUUGGAUCCUACAAGGAGAGACAGGCGCACUACGCACAGAUGAAGAGGCCAUCAAUGAUUUAG